GGAGUGUAGAGUCCCUUCAUUGAGUUGUCUGGUUCCUUGUCUAAGCUGAUGAGAAGGGAGAGCAGGAUCUGUGGGCAGGAAUAGUGACAGGCAAGGUGUGCUGGGACCCUCCCCUUCUCUCCUUGUCCCCUCAUGCCCUGGCCCCACCACUCCUCUUCCCACCUGCCCUCCAGCACGCCAUAACCUGGUGAUUAGAUCACUCUUGUAGAAUUUGGGGACCUAGAUUCUUGUCUAUGCUGCAAAAUCCAGAGCAGGGAAAGUGGGGAGAAAAAAAAAAAGAAAGAAAGAAAAACAGGUUUUCUGGCCCCCAAGUACCUAUCUAAGCACUGUGUCAUUGGUAAGUGAAAUACCCUGCACUUAUUUAUGACUGUCCUCUAUGAAAGUCCCAAAGUACUGAGCGUGUUCUGAAAAUGGGUGUUGAACAGGAGCCAGCAGAGGAGAGUUGCAGAUGCAGAGGAGUUCUUAGUGCAGCAGUCCCAGCCCGGCUUAAAAAGUUUUCUCUGUGCAGUCCACCAGAAACUCAGUAUCCAGAAUUUAUAGUCACCUACAAGUUUAGCUGGUAGCCGAGUGGAAUUUCUGGAUCUUGCUGCAAAUCUCAAGACUACAAAGCAAACACACUUAGAUUGGUGUCUACAGUUAGACUGUAAUGCAUAUUGAAUUUAUUCGAAGUAGCUUAACUUAAAAGAGGACACAAAGCUAUAUAUCGCAUCCAUUCUCUGCAAAUAUUCUCAUUGUACAUUAGUUUAAAAAGAAUAGUAUUGUCACUUGCAUGAUUGCGAAUGUAGGUGGUUUUAUUCACUUCCCUUAGAAGAACAAAUUUUUAAUAACCCGCAGAAAACUGUCUUUUUUUGGUUGAUCUUUUUAAACUGUUUCGGAAGCGUCAGGAUGUGUGGGUGAGUCUGGAGGACUGAGCCAAAAAGGAAUGUUUGUGUCUUCCCAGGUGAGUGCUGGCAUCCCACAGGCUCCCUUGCGUGACACCUAGCAGUGGCUCAGCACAAGUGUCUGUACAGUACCAGCACUAGUAGCUAUCAAGGCAGUUUAGAUGGGAAGUGAAAUAGAAGAUGAAUUCAGCUGAAAUCACUGAAGAUGAUGAAGGGCCCCCUUUCCAACAUGAAGAACAGAGACACUGGCUCACCCACUCAGGUAAAUGCAGAGCAGCCAAACAAGAACAAGAAUCCUAACGUAACGUGGCUGUGUGAAGAAGAAUCCUUCAGUGACAUAACCACUCCAUCUUACAAAAAACCUCUCUAUGGCAUCUCACACAAAAUCACGGAGAAGAAGAACCCGCCAGGAGCCGAGCAGUUUGCUUCUUACGAGCUGUUUGAAAAAAUCAACCCCAGCAGUCCCUCGCAUCUCCGGACUUUGAACGAUCAACGCAAAAGGGACUCGGCGGCAGCCAUUGCCGUAACAGCGGCCACCGCAGAUUCUGACCCAAAUAUUUAUUCUUUGAUACAGAAAAUGUUUUACACGCUCAACACCCUCAAUACCAACAUGACUCAGCUUCACAGUAAAGUUGACCUGUUGUCUCUGGAGGUCAGCAGAAUUAAAAAGCAAGUCAGCCCGGCAGAGUCGGUUGCAGACUUCAGGCCUCCCCCCGAGUACCAGCUGACUUCUGCGGAGCUCAAACAGAUCAUGGAUCAGAGCACGUCAGGUGGAGACCUCGCGUGCCGCUUGCUGGUGCAGCUCUUCCCGGAGCUCUUCAGCGAUGAUGAGUUCAGCAGAAGCUGCAGCGCGUGCGGCUUUCUCAACAAAAGGAAACUUGAAUCUCUUCAUCUGCAGCUCAUCCGCAACUACGUGGAAGUUUGUUAUCCUUCUGUGAAGAAUACAGCUGUGUGGCAGGUGGAGUGUUUGCCUCAAGUCAAUGAUUUUUUCAAUAGGUUUUGGGCUCAAAGGGAAAUGGAAAACAGUCAGCAGAACGUGCAAUCGUCCAGUUUUUAUGAGACCGAGCAGGUCGAAUCCUCUCAUUUUAUGGAGGAUAAAGAGCAGGAGGAAGCUUUGUCCUUGGACAGGAGUAGUGCCAUUGCCUCAGAUUACAUGCUGGAUGCUCAGGAUCUCAAUGAAUUUUUAGAUGAAGCUUCUUCUCCAGGGGAAUUUUCUGUUUUUCUGUUACACAGGUUGUUUCCGGAACUCUUUGACCACAGAAAAUUAGCUGAAAGGUAUAGCUGCUUUGGAGACUCUGGAAAACAACUGCUGGAUCCUCAUCGGCUCCAAAUAAUCCGUAGGUACACUGAAAUUUACUUCCCAGAUGUGCAAGAAGAAGAAGCCUGGUUGCAGCAAUGUGUGCAGCGAAUAAACGAUGAGCUUGAAAACACAUACAUGGAUGGAAGUGAAUGUGAACAGAUGAGAGAUGACUGUUACGAUUCUUCUAGUUUACCGGAUGAUGUAUCAAUCAUAAAAGUGGAAGACAGUUUUGAAUAUGAAAAACCCGGCAGACGCUCAAAAAAAAUUUGGCUCGUACCUAUAGACUUUGACAAACUUGACUUUCCCCCUCCCGAUUUUGAUGUCCCUGUCCCAGAUUACCUGUUGAACAAAGAACAGAUUAAAAGCAUAUAUGAAAGCAGUCUUUCCAUAGGCAACUUUGCCUCUCGAUUGCUUGUUCUCUUAUUUCCUGAACUGUUUACUCAUGAAAACUUACGGAAGCAAUACAACUGUAGUGGAUCUUUAGGCAAGAAACAGCUGGACCCCACUAGAAUUAAAUUAAUUCGACAUUAUGUGCAGAUACUGUACCCCAGAGCGAAGAACGACAGAGUGUGGACGUUGGAGUUUGUUGGGAAGCUUGACGAGAGGUGUCGGCGAAGAGACACGGAGCAAAGGCGCACGUACCAACAGCAACGGAAAAUCCACGUGCCGGGGCCCGACCGGAGGGAAUUCCUCAGCUAUGCAAUAAACCCCGAGAGGUUUCGAGAAGAAUUCGAAGGGCCGCCGCUGCCGCCGGAGAGAAGCAGCAAGGAUUUUUGCAAGAUACCACUCGAUGAACUCGUUGUUCCUAAUCCAGACUUCCCCGUGCCUUCUUUGUAUUUGCUGUCUGAUAAGGAGGUAAGAGAGAUAGUGCAGCAGAGCCUGUCGGUCGGCAACUUUGCUGCCAGGCUCCUCGUGAGGCUCUUUCCCGAACUCUUUACUCCGGAGAAUCUCAGACUGCAGUACAACCAUUCAGGUGCUUGUAACAAAAAACAGCUGGAUCCUAUCAGGCUGAGACUGAUCCGUCAUUACGUGGAGGCAGUUUACCCCGUGGAGAAAAUGGAAGAAGUGUGGCAUUAUGAAUGUAUACCCAGCAUUGAUGAAAGAUGCCGGCGCCCUAACAGAAAAAAGUGUGAUAUACUGAAAAAAGCAAAGAAAGCAAAAAAUUCCUAAGACUUUUGACCACUAAAUUAUUGUCAGGAUUAUGCUUUGGUUGAGACUGAGGGGCCUGUCGGGAGCUGGGAGUGCUCAGCAUCCAGGAGAGUCAGGCACAAAGCUGGUUGUGUUUUAGCGUGUGUGUUGCGUCAAUGUGGGCAGCGCAGCAGUGGGAAGUGGCUGACUACAUGUGUACAUGGGCAGAGACCCUCAGCCAUCGGUGACAGAGCUACCAACAGCUUGCUACAAGCAUGAUUUUCACUGGUGCAAAUAGAUGUAUUGAAACUGUAUUACUCCACUCCCCAUUUCUGCAUCUUCCUUUUUAUCACUUUCUAAUAAUAAAGAAUUUUUUUUUUUAAAUGAUUGUGCUCUUCAGGGGCAGUUUUUCAUUAAACCCUUAUGAACAGUCCCGUUAGCUAAUUCGGAGUUUGGAAUUUAAACUUAAUUUAAAUUGGAAAGUGCCACGUUCAUUGGAAAUCAUUGGAAUAUUAGACUUCGCUUCUACAGUAAUUGCAGCUUCGCAUUUGUUUUUGUUCUUGAUGAUACAGAGAUACUGAAAAUAAUAACACUGUGUCAAAGAAUAGGUCAGAAUAGUGUCAUUUGCAUUUUUGAGUGUUACCUGGUUUUUAUUUCUGAAACCAAGAAUGUAUUGUUGAAGAACUGAGAUGUGAGCAUCGACACAAUGUGAAUGUUUUUGUUUGUUUUUUUUUUUAUAUGGGCACCACAAACUUGAUCCUGCCCCUGUGAGUUCUGGUUUUUGUUUUGUCCCAUGUCACUGCUGGCGUGAGUGAGGAUGGCUUGUCUGAAUAAAGCCAGUAGAGCAGACCCAAGCCUAUAGCUGUGGAAUGUCUUGCCAUCACCUACUUGCCACUCAAUUUGUAAAAUAACAAAGACAACAAAAAGACACGAAACAAGAACUUAAAAAAAAUUUAGACCUUAUUUUCUAUCAAAAUCGUGAUUCCAAAGGUUUCCAGUAUUCAUACUGAAUUGCAUAUGUAAAAAGUAUGUGCAAAGAUCUGUGAUGGAGUUAAGUGUUUCAGGGUCCCCACGUUAUGAGCUGUGGUAAUGUAACUUAUUCUUUGUGUGAAUGCAGCACCAUCUGGAUAUUUCAGGUGUGGGGAUACUGAACUCUCUCACUUUGCCAAAUUGAUUUUGUGUAAUUAGUAGCUAUUUGGAGACUUAACUGUGUAUGUAUAACUUUGGUUCAUACAGUCAGGUUUGCAUCAUUAAUACAUUCAAGUGUAACAAA